GGCUAGAGUAUACAAAUGAGUUUUAAGAUCCCCACCCAAGCUGGCGCGCGUCCAUGUCCACCUGGCGGGAGCGUCGACGCAAGGAUGUUGGACGUUCUGUACGAGUGGUUCUGGUGGGACAGAAUAUGGUUGCCGGGGAACCUGACCUGGACGGACCUGGAGGACAAAGAGGGGCGGGUCUAUGCCAAAGCCUCACACCUUUACGUCGUGGUCCCCUACGCCUUCGCCUUCCUGUUGGUCAGACACGUCUUUGAGAGGUUGGUCGCCACGCCAUUGGCGGCGCGUGCGGGCAUCAAGUCGAGGGUCAACCUCAAACCGGACGACAACGCCGUCCUCAAACUUUACUACGCCACUCGCAGCAGGAAGCCCACUCAGGCCGACCUGGACGGGCUGUCCAAGAAAAGCUGUCUGUCCGUGAGACAAGUGGAGCGCUGGUUCAGGAGGCGACGCGUUCAAGACCGACCCGGGGUUCUGAAGAAGUUCACCGAGGCCAGCUGGCGCUUCACCUUCUACCUGGCCUCGUCCGUGGGGGGACUGCUCGCUCUUUACGACAAAGAAUGGUUCUCUGACACCGGACACGUGUGGACCACUUUCCCCAAGCAGUCCCUGCUGGACUCCCAGUACUGGUACUACAUCCUGGAGAUGAGCUUCUACGUCUCCCUGCUCUUCAGCGUCUUCUCCGAUGUCAAGAGGAAGGACUUCAGGGAGCAGAUGGUCCACCACGCCGCCACCCUGGUGCUCCUGUCCUUCUCCUGGUGCGUCAACUACAUCCGCGUGGGAACGCUGGUCCUGUUGGUCCACGACGCCUCCGACGUCUUGUUGGAGGCGGCCAAACUGCUGAAUUACGCCAAAAUGGAGAAAAGCUGCCAACUCGUUUUUGUGCUUUUUGCUCUCGUCUUCAUCGUCACGCGUCUCGUCAUCUUCCCCUUCUGGCUGAUUCACUGCACGUGGGUGUACCCCCUCCACCAUUACCCCGCCUUCUUCGGCUACUACUUCUUCAACGCCAUGCUCCUCCUCCUCCUCGGCCUGCACGUCUUCUGGGCCCUCCUCAUCCUCGCCAUGGUCAGGAAGUUCAUCUUCGGCACCCUGACCAGGGACGAGAGGAGCGACCACGAGGAUGAUGAGGAGGAAGAGAGCAGCCUGACUGGCGAUGACGUCGUUGCAAAAAACAACAAUGGCUGCCUGGACUGUUUGGCCUCUGACAAUGUCUGCCACUACAAGACGCUGCACUGAGGCGCCCCCUAGUGGUGAUCCCAUACAACAACAACACUCCUUGAAGGCACUUUCACAACAUUGUGGGAAAUGUAGGCGGCUCGGCAUUGUUCCUGCUUGGCAGGACACUGAAACAUUUGAUAUUAGUCUUUUUUUAAUGAGAAGUGACCUAAAUUAUUAUCAGCUUUACGUCUUCAUCCUCUCUUUCUUUCACUUUAAGUGGUCCUAAACAUUCAAGACGUCUUCACUCGUCGAGCACGACAUCUUCUGUCUUCACCGUGUCCACUUUCUCUGCCACUUCCUGUCCCCGCCAAAACCGCGUCCUUAUUAGUAAAGUGACAAAAAAAAAACACAAUCAAGUUGUAAUAAACCUUCAUUAUGUUAUCAUAACAA